GAUGCCCAGGGCUUGGGGCCGGUGCCUCCGGGGCUGAGAGGAGCCGCCUCGCCUUAUGCCCAGCCAUGCGACCCGCCAGCAGCAAGCUCCUCAGCCUCCUGGUCCUGCUCCUGAUGGGCACCGAGCUCACCCAGGUGUUGCCGACCAACCCCGAGGAAAGUUGGCAGGUGUACAGUUCUGCCCAGGACAGCGAGGGCCGGUGUAUAUGUACGGUGGUGGCCCCUCAGCAGACGAUGUGCUCACGUGAUGCCAGGACAAAGCAACUGCGGCAGCUAUUAGAAAAGGUACAAAACAUGUCCCAGUCCAUAGAGGUGUUGGACCGGAGGACCCAACGGGAUCUACAGUAUGUCGAGAAAAUGGAAAACCAGAUGAGAGGGUUGGAAACCAAGUUCAAGCAGGUGGAAGAGAGCCACAAACAACAUCUGGCAAGGCAGUUCAAGGCGAUAAAAGCGAAAAUGGAGGAGCUUAGGCCCUUGAUCCCAGUGCUGGAGGAGUACAAAGCCGAUGCCAAAUUGGUUUUGCAGUUUAAAGAGGAAGUCCAGAAUCUGACGUCAGUUCUAAACGAACUCCAGGAGGAGAUUGGCGCCUUUGACUACGAGGAGCUACAGAACAGAGUGUCAAAUCUUGAAGAGAGGCUGCGGGCGUGCAUGCAAAAAUUAGCCUGCGGGAAACUGACAGCCAUCGGCGACCCGAUUACAGUGAAGACGUCCGGAUCGAGAUUCGGUUCCUGGAUGACAGACCCGGUGGCUCCGGAAGGUGAAAACAAGGUCUGGUACAUGGACAGCUACCACAACAACCGCUUUGUUCGGGAGUACAAAUCCAUGUCGGACUUCAUGAACACGGACAACUUCACUUCCCACCGCCUCCCCCACCCGUGGUCCGGGACGGGCCAAGUGGUCUACAACGGCUCGAUCUAUUUCAACAAAUACCAAAGCCACAUCAUCAUCAAGUUCGACUUGAAGACGGAGACCAUCCUCAAGACGCGGAGCUUGGACUACGCCGGCUACAACAACGUCUACCACUACGCCUGGGGGGGCCACUCGGACAUUGACCUCAUGGUGGACGAGAACGGCCUGUGGGCCGUCUACGCCACCAACCAGAACGCGGGGAACAUUGUCAUCAGCAAGCUGGACCCCAACACCUUGCAGAGCCUCCAGACGUGGAACACCAGCUACCCCAAACGCAGUGCCGGAGAAGGCUUCAUCAUCUGCGGCACUUUGUACGUCACCAACGGCUACUCCGGCGGCACCAAGGUGACGUACGCUUACCAGACCAACACCUCCACCUACGAGUAUAUAGAUAUCCCCUUCUUAAACAAAUACUCCCACAUUUCCAUGUUGGACUACAACCCGAAAGACAGGGCUCUCUAUGCCUGGAACAAUGGACACCAGAUACUUUACAACGUCACGCUCUUCCACGUUGUCCGAUCCGAUGAAUUGUAGUCCGCCCGACGGUCGGAUAAGGCGAACGACGGCAAAGAAGCCAGAGGUGCAAUAUAUGGAAACGGAUUUUUUAGGAAACAGCUGCCAAAAUCGCCAAAGGAAAGGAGCCGUUGUUGUCAAGGUCAGCGUGCCGUUCUCCGGCGGGCGUUCCCAAAAACCAGGGAGGAAAAUUACAAUAAAAUACACUCAUUUGCAGCUGGAACUGCACUUGACAAACCAUUUCUUUUUCAGUUGUCGUUUGGUUUUGAUUUUCCAGGGAUUCGGGGGAGGUUUUGGGGGGUCCGUUUCUUUGCCUUUUGUUCCAAUAGCAACGCUGUAGUACAAUGUUAAGGCAAUGACUGUUGGAAAUGUAUCGUCGAGAUGGGUCGGGACACACGUUUCUCUCUCUCAUCCGCACCCGCCCACUCUUUUUUGGUGUUUUGCAUGGACAUUUCCUACGUCACAACUGGCUACGAUGGAUUGUUGGAAAUACGAGGGUUGGUGAACGAAGGUUUUUUUCCCCCCGUCGCAGCUAGCUACCGGUCCUUUCCCCAUCUCUUUUUCCUCUGUGUUUUAUGUCACCUUUAGAAUAAUUGUUCCGAGACCCAAAGUAGCUAAUGAAUCUGUGUCUUUAGUAGCUAUAAAAUACAAAAAAGGGAAAAAAUAAUGAAAAAAAGGUAUGUAUUAUGAACAAGUCGUUGUACCCAACUAUUUGUUUAAACAUGUAUCCAGCCAAUAUCUUGUACACUGUAUGUCUGUUAUUAACCAGAGGUGGAAAAAAUAAUAAUACUUUGUAUGUCCAAGUUUAUGCAAUGAAUGUUGUACAUGGAAAUGACGUCAUUUGGAUUAAUAAAUGAAGGUUUCAUAUCUUUAAAAAAAAUA